UCCUCCCUGUGGACUGUAGAGGAGAGAAAUGUUAGAAUGAACUCAACAGUUUGAUUCUUCUGUGAACACAAAGUUAUGACUGGCUGAAUAAUCCUCAUUAAACCUGCUGUAACCCAAGAAAACAAUCAGAGAUUUAAAGAGAACUGACCAGACUGACUUAAGAUCAGAAGAUGAGUGAUUGUGUGGAGGAAGAGGAGGACAGAGCAGACUGUCUGUCUAUGAAGAGUGACCGGUCCAGAGGUCGUCCUCCACACUUCAGUAAUGAACCUGGACCCUCAGAGUCAAAAGUUCAGUACAGACAGAGAGCAGAGUCUCCAGCACCCAGCUGUCUGUCUAUGAAGAGUGACCGGUCCAAAGGUCGUCCUCCAUACUUCAGUAAUGAACCUGGACCCUCAGAGUCAAAAGAGAAGAAGAGGAGUCAUGCUUCUAUGGAGGAGCUGAUGUCCAGAUCCAGAACAAGACCUGGACUGCAGACAGCCAGUCAGACCAGCACUGUACAAAGUAAGGCUGUUGUAGAUGAACAUAAGAUCAGUCUGAAGAAGAGAUUUGAAUGUGUGACUGAAGGAAGUGAUGAAACAGGAAGUGGAACCCUCCUCAAUAGGAUCUACACUGAGCUCUGCAUCACAGAGGGACAGAGUGAAGAGGUUAAUACCCAACAUGAGGUGAUGCAGCUUGAGACAGUUUCCAAGAUGAAGACCCUCCAUGACACUCCAAUCAAGUGCCAGGACAUCUUUAAAGCCUUACCUGACCAACAGGGACACAUCAGAGUCGUUCUGACGAACGGCGUCUCUGGCGUUGGAAAAACCUUCUCAGUGCAGAAGUUCACUCUGGACUGGGCAGAGGGCUGGGAAAACCAAGAUGUCAGUCUGGUGAUUCUGCUUUCGUUCAGGGAGCUGAACUUGAUCAGAGAUGAGCAGUACAGUCUUCUCAUGCUGCUCCAUGUUUUCCAUCCAACAUUACAGAAGGUCACAGCAGAGAAGCUCGCUGUCUGUAAAGUUCUGUUCAUCUUUGACGGCCUGGAUGAAAGCAGACUUUCACUGGAUUUCCACAACAAUGAGGUUUUGUCUGAUGUCACCCAGAAGUCAUCAGUCAACAUGCUGUUGACAAACCUCAUCCAGGGGAAUCUGCUUCCCUCAGCUCUCGUCUGGAUAACUUCCCGACCUGCAGCAGCCAAUCAGAUCCCUCCUGCAUGUGUUGACAGGGUAACAGAAGUACGAGGCUUCACUGACGCCCAGAAGGAGGAGUACUUCAGGAGGAGAUUCAGUGAUGAAGAGCUGUCCAGCAGAAUCAUCUCACACAUCAAGACAUCCAGGAGCCUCCACAUCAUGUGUCUAAUCCCAGUCUUCUGCUGGAUCACUGCUACAGUUCUGGACCACAUGUUGACUACAGACCAGAGAGGAGAGCUGCCCAAGACCCUGACUGACAUGUACUCACACUUCCUGGUGGUUCAGACAAAGAGGAAGAAGCAGAAGUAUGGUGAGGGACAUGAGACGAGUCCACAGGAGCUGACGGAGGCUGACAGGGAAGUUCUUCUGAAGCUGGGGAGGCUGGCGUUUGAACAGCUGGAGAAAGGAAACAUCAUGUUCUACCAAGAAGACCUGGAGCGGUGUGGUCUGGAUGUCACAGAGGCCUCGGUGUACUCAGGAGUUUGUACAGAGAUCUUCAAGAGAGAGUGUGUGAUCUUCCAGAAAACAGUCUACUGCUUUGUUCAUCUGAGCAUUCAGGAGUUUCUGGCUGCAGUCUACAUGUUCCACUGUUACACAAACAGGAACACAGAGGUACUGGAGGACUUCCUGGGAGAAGACUACAAGCACAGAGAGUUAUACCCAAAGUCUUUUUUCAAGAACAUCUCAAAGUAUUUUGGAAACAGUGAUAGUCGUGGCCCAUCUCUGGAUGUCUUCCUGAAGAGAGCCAUGGAGAAAUCCCUUGAAAGUAAAAAUGGCCACCUGGACCUGUUUGUUCGUUUCCUUCAUGGCCUCUCUCUGGAGUCCAACCAGAGGCUCUUAGGAGGUCUGCUGGGUCAGACAGAAAACAGUCCAGAAACCAUCCAGAGAAUCAUCAACAACCUGAAGGAGAUGAACAGAGAUCAUAUCUCUCCUGACAGAAGUAUCAACAUCUUCCACUGUCUGACGGAGAUGAACGACCAGUCGGUACAUCAGGAGAUCCAAGAGUUCCUGAAGUCAGAGAACAGAUCAGAGAAGGAACUCUCUGAGAUCCACUGCUCAGCUCUGGCCUACAUGCUGCAGAUGUCAGAGGAGGUUCUGGAUGAGUUGGACCUGGGGAAGUACAACACAACAGACGAGGGACGACUGAGACUGAUUCCAGCUGUGAGGAACUGCAGAAAAGCUCAACUUUCUAAAUGUGGACUCUCAGAUACUCACUGUGAAGUUGUGGCCUCAGCUCUGAAGUCCAACCCCUCCCAUCUGAGAGAGCUGAACCUGAGUAACAACCACAACAUGCAGGAUUCAGGAGUGAAGCUUCUGUCUGCUGGACUCGAGAGUCCAAACUGUAGACUGGAGAAACUGAGAUUGAUGAGGUGCAGGUUGUCAGAGAUCAGCUGUGCUUCUCUGGCCUCAGCUCUGAAGUCCAACCCCUCCCAUCUGAGAGAGCUGAAGCUGAUUGGAAACGAGCUGCAGGAUUCAGGAGUGAAGCUUCUGUGUGGUUUUCUGGAGAGUCCAAACUGUAGACUGAAGACUCUGGGAUUGAAUAGCUGCAGGUUGUCAGAGAUCAGCUGUGCUUCUCUGGCCUCAGCUCUGAAGUCCAACCUCUCCCAUCUGAGAGAGCUGGAGCUGAGUAACAACGACCUGCAGGAUUCAGGAGGGAAGCUCUUGAGUGGUUUUCUGGAGAGUCCACACUGUAGACUGGAUACUCUGAGAUUGGGGGACUGCAGGUUGUCAGAGAUCAGCUGUGCUUCUCUGGUCUCAGCUCUGAAGUCCAACCCCUCCCAUCUGAGAUACCUGGAGCUGAGGAACAACGAGCUGCAGGAUUCAGGAGUGAAGCUUCUGUGUGGUUUUCUGGAGAAUCCACACUGUAGACUGGAGUCUCUGGGAUUGAGGAGCUGCAGGUUGUCAGAGAUCAGCUGUGCUUCUCUGGUCUCAGCUCUGAAGUCCAACCCCUCCCAUCUGAGAGAGCUGGAUCUGAGUGGAAACAAGCUGCAGGAUUCAGAUGUGAAGCUGCUGUCUGAUCUUGUGAAGAGUCCAAACUGUAGACUGGAGACUCUGAGAUGGAAGGAGUGAUCUCUGUCAGAGUCUGAGUGAUCAGAAAAGUGGAUGUGUUGAGAGGAUCAGCCGUGUCCUGAUGAUCCACAGAGGUUCACCACCUGGACCUGGAUCUUAUUAACUCUUUUUUUUUUGUUCAUUCAUAUAUUCUGAACCCAAAGUGCCUCUGCAGAAUAGUUCAGUUUAUGACAACAUAACUGUAGAUGAACACAUUUAAAUAGAUCUUUCUGCUUUGCUUUGUGUUGCAGCUCCACUCUGUGGAACGAUUGAGUUUUGCUGUUUAUUUCCACAUAUUUCUAAAUAACAGUGGAAGUUAAUAAAGUUACCCUAUUAAAACCAAGCCCUCAGGAAGAGCGCCCUCCACACCUUCGUGGGAUGGUGCAGAGGGUACAGAGCCGCUUCAACCACCACCCCCCCGAAGCCCGCAGCAGAGUAGAGCAGGUCUAGCAUAAUGAAGGUGCAAUGGAGGUGCCUGCUAUUUAAAGAGCGGGUCCAUUAUUAUUAUUAUUUAGAUUUUUUCUAGGUGUGUGUUCCUUAUAUCAA